AUUUUCCGUACGAUGUCCUAAGCUUUUUGGAAAUAUUGAAUUUCGUUUUUCCAGUUUAUAUUCGCACGCUGUGGACUCUGGAAGAUUCAAUCUCUCUCACACUCACACACAGACGAUCCUUUUGAAAAACCAAAACGAAAGUAUGACACCAGUUUCAUCGAAGCAAUACACAGAUGAUGUUAGCCUUCUCAUGGUCUUGAUGGACACAAACCCUUUCUUCUGGAGCGCAGCAAAAAACAGCCUUGCAUUUUCCAAUUUUCUCUCUCAUGUCCUUUCAUUCUUGAACUCCAUUCUACUUCUCAACCAAGUCAAUCAAGUGGUCGUCAUCGCCACUGGCUUAAAUUCGUGCGAGUACGUCUAUGAUUCGUCUUCAAAUGAGGUUGCGCCGAAUCAGAGGGCGGAGAGUUUGUUGCAGAAGUUGGAGGAUUUCGUGAUUAAGGAUGAAAAGCUGAGCAAGGAAGAGUCGGUUGAUGGGAUUGGAGCUUCACUGUUAUCAGGGUCUUUGUCGAUGGCACUUUGUUAUAUACAGAGGGUGUUCCGAUCAGGACCGCUUCAUCCCCAGCCUCGAAUAUUGUGUUUGCAUGGAUCCCCAGAUGGGCCGGAACAAUAUGUCGCAAUCAUGAAUGCAAUAUUUUCAGCUCAGCGUUCAAUGGUACCUAUAGAUUCUUGUUUUAUAGGAACACAUAAUUCUGCUUUCCUCCAGCAGGCUUCUUACAUAACCAAGGGUGUAUAUUUUAAACCCCCGCAACUGGAUGGACUGUUUCAAUAUCUAUCAACAGUAUUUGCAACUGAUUUGCAUUCUCGCAGCUUUUUACAACAUCCGAAGACCACAGGAGUUGAUUUCCGUGCCUCGUGUUUUUGCCACAAAAACGCUAUUGAUAUGGGCUACAUAUGUUCUGUUUGUUUGUCUAUAUUCUGCAAGCAUCACAAGAAAUGUUCAACCUGUGGGUCAGUUUUUGGUCAGGCCCAGACAAAUAUUCCUUCAACUUCAAAUCAGAAGAGAAAGACUCCAGAUUCAUAGUCUUCCUGUCCUAAAAAGUUUAUGUAGUUGACUAAAGAAUUUUUGGUGGUGCUUCUUUCAGUCAUCUGUAAUUCAAAUUUUAAGUCAUUUCCCAAUAUUAUUUCUACACAUUUAAUAUCGGAGGCUGUUCGGGAAAUCGGGAAAUCGAAAAAUCUGGCCUGCUGAACAUGAUAUGAGCCCUAAUUGCUGAGAUUGUACUGGUUGAAUAUAAAGGAUGAAUGGCUUUCUCUGUAGUUCAGUUUAUGAAGUCAUUUUACAA